AAUCAUACAUUCCCGAUUUUAUUUUCUUCAGCAUAACAACCGUGAAACCAAGGAAGCGAACAAUAUUGUAUUUAUGAAAAUCUGCAUUUGAAAACCGACGACAGAUGAUGGAAUAAAUAAUAUGCAUGCAUGCAUAAGUUGUCUUCUGUAGCAUCAUUAUGAAUCGAGGGGAGGGCUUGAGAAUAGCUGCCAAAGCCAAGUCCGGAAACUCGAUUGGUCAUAUGUUUAAAGAUACAAAGGCAAAACCAAAGAAGUUUAGUUACAAAUCCAAGACUCAAUCCUUCCCUGUUCGGAGGAAUGUCAAUGGAACCAUUGAUGAAGGAAAUCAGCAACUUAGCAAAACAGCUGGCAGUAGACCAAGUGAACAACAGAAAUCAACUAACAAACAAACUGUGAACAAACACGUUUUGAAUCAGAAGAAUUCUACCAAAGCCCCAGAUCAAAAAGAGAAAGUGAAAAGUCAUUUCAUUGAUAAAAACAAGAAGGCUCUCACUAAGAGAGAGAAGAUUUUGAAACAAGCGGACACUGUGACUCUCACUCAGGAUCAGCUUAAUGCCAUUCUCAAAACUAUCGGCAACGCCGGUGAGUCAGCUGGAGCUCCGAGCUUCUCCAUUGAUGCUGGUGAACUAAAGGUGAAUCUGAGCAGCAUCAACCAGGAAAAUGAGAAUAAAGAAAGCGAAAAGGCGAGGGAAAGAGAUGGUGAUGAAAACACUUCUGCCGUGAUCACCAAUGCCAACAAUAAUCAAGACGGUAAUAAUAAUGAUCAGACAGCUAGCAAUGAUGCACCUAAGGAGACGAGGACCCAGGAGUCAACUAGGACAGCAGCCGUUGUCCAGAAGCAGUCUCCUAGAUUGGGUCAGGCAGAUAUCCUCAAUACCAUAGGCAUGAGUGAGCAGAAUGACAGGUCUUUGGUGGAGAGGAAAAAACAACAAUGGAAGCAGGAGCUUGAUGCUCAGCUCGCAGCGAAACAAGCCGCUCAGGAGAAAGAAGGCAGGGGCCGGAGGGGGCGUAGCCAGAUAGCGGUGAACUCUGAUGGAUGGAAUCCAUGGGGACAGCCCGGUGGUGGAGCCCCAAUGAGGAGUAGUGUGGAUGCUUCAUCUCCUAGAGACAAUCAAGUACCACAGGUCAGUACGAGUGAUCCAAGUCCAGGUCGAAGCAGCAGAGGUCAAGGGUCAAAUGACAUGAUGAGCCAGUCAAUUUCUGGUCUUAGUCACAGGGAGAAGCAGAGGAAUGUACCAGCAGCAAUGAGAAGCUCUUUUGCCAUUGGGGGAAUGCAUAAUGGACACGAUGAUGAUUUUAAAAGGAAAGAGAAACAACUGUGGCUUGAAGACUUGGAGAGGCAGAAGAGAGAGGCUAAAGAGAAGAAAGAGCAGGAAAAGGCCAGCGACCGUGCCGCAGAAUCGGCCGUCAUGCAGCACUGGGCAGAACCUGUUGAACAUCCUCAGCCCAAGAUGAUAUCUCGAAUGGAUAACAAGGUCAGCCAGGUACAAGAUGACUCUCGUGUUAUGAGUAGGAUGGCAGCUGAGAGGAAAGAACAGACUAGGGAAACGGAGCAACCAAAAAGUGCGCCACUUAACCGCUCCCGUUCUCCCCACACCAACGAUGAUGCUUCUCCCAGAUCGCACUUGAGGCCUGCCAAUGCUCUGAUUGAUCCAGCUGAAAUGGAGAGAAGAGAUAUCCAGAAAAAGAAGAAAUUGGAACAUAUGGCGUUUGUGCAGGCCCAGGUGGAGGAGAAGCGGAGGAAAAAGCAAGAGGCAUUGGCCCUUCGGCGGCAGGAGGAGGCCGAGGAGGAGAGAAAGUUGGCCGAGGAAAGGGACCAUCUUGCCCGAGACUUCGAGCAUGAGCAGGAGAAGCUGAGGAAGAAAGAAGAGGCCUGUGCGGCUAAGCAGAGAGCCUUAGAAGAGAGCAUGCAGAAUGCACACGAUGCAGCCAUGAGAGAGAAACACGCAGGGAGGAUGCGGAAGCUAGAGAGGCAGGGCCAUGAUGUCAGCAACCUUAGGAAAAGCUGGGAAGACAAACGGCAAAGCCCAGAGGCUUCCCCCAGACUUCCUGCCCAGGCCAUUGGAUCUCACCCUCAGCCUGCUUUGAAACCAACUACCUCCAUCAGUUUCUCACCAAGACAAGAGCAACACCCCUCUGCAGACCUUCAAGGGAAUGCCCGUACUGUGGCAACUCACAUCCAGGAUGCGGCAACUUCCCCCAUCAAUGAGGUAUCAACACAAACUGAUCUGGAUGUAAACUAUAUAUCACCAAGACUGAUUGAAGCUAUACGGAUGGCCAGUGAAGGAGCCGAGUACAAGCCCAAAAGCAAGAAACGUACUGAUCAUGAAAAGAGCAGGCAGCUUGCGGAAGGAGGCAGAAAAAAGGAGAAAGGUUCGAAGGUGGUUUCCAUCAAAGAAGAAACGUCUGACAAUAAAGCCAGCAAGAGUAGGAAAAACAGUGAUGCCUCAAAACCAAAAUGGGGCCAAAGUGAACAAGCUAAAAAGGGAAUGAAAAACUCUGAAAAGGACAUGUCGAUGAGUAAACGUAAGAGGGAAGAAAGACUGAAGAAGAGACAGGAGGAGUUACUUAGUUUACAGGAGAGGAGUGCUCCCAAGAGGGUGUCUCAACCAAAACAGACGCAAAUGGAGAAAAAGAUGGAGACUGAGAGCCAGGGGAGGAAAUCUAGAGCAGAUACAAAGUUAUCACAUCACACAGAAGAAAAAGAAAACAAACGUGAGAGAGCAGGUUCAAGACGAGAGGCUGCUGUGUUAGCGCAAGAAAGAGUGAUGUCACAGCAGCAGAGCAGGAAGGAGUUCCGACCAUCUUCCAGUGAGGAUAGCUCCAGUACGCAAACACCAACUCUCAGGAACAAUGACUUUGUGCCAUUUAUGAGAACUGAAGAUGAUGAAUUACUUGAGGGUAGGCUAUCUGUAAGCCCCGCCCCUGCUCCACCACGACAGGUCCCCAAGACGAAUGAUGCCUUGACAAGAGAUGCAAGCAGAGCCUCCAGGAAUUCUAGGCAAUCUAAUAGAGAAAUGGAUCCAUUGUUGAAUCCUGACAGACUGAAAGACAAAGAACACAGACAAGAGGAGAUUCUCCUACAGCUGUCAACGCUAAGACAGGGUCUUCUGAUGAAGCAGAAAGAGUUGGAGAUUGGUUUACCACCUUCAUCACCUGUGUUCAUAUAAAGUGACUGGCUGCUUGGUUGAGUGAUCCUACUACAUGACUGCUGAAGAAUGGCCGUUUGAUGAAUUAUGGCCAUGAAAUUACACCUACUGAUUAUAAUGAUAAUAAUAAUGAAAAUGGUGGCUUCUUAUAUGGCGCACAUGUCAGUCACUUUGUGACGCUCCUGGUGCUGCCCCGAUUAUUACCCUGGCUUUAGCAAAGUGGCCAUGAAGGCGCUCUAGCAUUUCAAGGAAUUAAUUCCUGCCAGGUACCCAUUUACAUCACCUGGGUCGAGUGUUGCAAAUGUAGAUCAAUGUCUUGCCAAAGGACAUUAGUGCCGCGGCUGGACUCCAACCGUGAACCUUGUGAUCAACAAUCCGUCGACCUUCUGACUCGAACAAGACACCUCUACACAAAAAGUACACAAAAAGUUAUUAAAAUUGUUAUGACGAAAGCGGUUGAUUCUAAAACUUAAUUCAGUAAAAUGUAAUAUUUGCGUGUUACACUGACUGAAUUUCUUGAAAAUGACUUUCUUGCCAUCGAGGACAUCUCUCGUAGGAAAUUGUAUGACAUAAGUGUUUGUACAGUUAAUUUUGUGUGUGGCGACACAUGCUUUUGGGGCCAAUUGCUCCUCAUUCAGUUUCCAAAACUAACUGAAUCUGUAACUGCAAUUGUGGAGCCAAAACGAUAUCGUGUCUCCUAAACCUAACAUAUAACCAAUGUCAGCCCUAACCCUAUAUUUUUGAUGACGUAAAGGCCAGAGAUAAGGUUGCCUGGGCAUGUGUCAAUCACCGUAUUAUCUGCUUCCAUUUCACAUAGAAUGAUAUACUAACAUUCCCUGCUGAAAGAUUGUUGCUUGUAGGGAUAUAUGUACUAGAGUUUUGUCAAUUGUAUAUGAAUUAUACAGAUAUUGUGCAAUAUGUUAAAACUUGUCCUAUUUCUACACAUUUUUCUUCUUUGCAUGAAUAACAAGACUUCUUUUAUUUUUACACUCAAUCUACUGUAUUUAAUGAUAUAGAAUAAAGUAGGGGCAUAUUUGUUGUUUAACUAAAUUUAUUUUAAAAAUCCUUGAGAUGUUCCUCUUUUUUUUUUGGAGGGGGGGGGGUGGGAGGGGGCAUUUUUGGAUAGUUUUACACAUAAUUUCUUAUUUGUUUUCUCUCUUUAAAUAUUUUUAAUAUUCAGUGUGGUUCAUCUGCAAGAUAUAUAAUGUUUUACUUUGAUUAUAUUUGUCCAUAGGUGGCAUUCUGUUAACUAUGCCAACUUGUGGUUGAGUAGAAGGUAUACUAGUUGUCAUGACAACUAUGAAUUAAGACAGUUUAAAUUUUUGUGACAAUUAACACCCAUCUCACUUACAUGAAGAUAACAUAGUUACAAAAUACUACCAGGGGGUGUUUCAGAAAGCUGUUCGUAAAGUUACGCAUGACUUUAUGAACGACUUGUAUAUGAAGUGCCAGGUAGGAUGCCCAAAGAUUUUCCUGAUGUUUUAACAAAGUGUGACUUUAUUUUCAAUAACCUCAAGUAAAUUAUGGCCAAAAAUAUACCUUGCAUUAAAAAUGUUUGUUAUAAUAAUAACUUUAGUUGAUGCUGUUAAAAAUGAUUGAGCAUCCCAUUUGGCUUUUCGUAUACAAGUCAUUCGUAAAGUCAUGCGUAACUUUACGAACAGCUUUAUGAAACACCGCCCAGGUGAUAUUGUUUUUCUUAUAUACUGCAACAAAGGAUAAGUACAUGUUCUUUAUUCAAAAAACUAUGAAUUGUACUAACCACAUGCAAAUUCAAUUUUCAAU